AACAUAACAUAGCAGUCUAGUCACUCGUGCCGUAUUGUGUAGGUAACAGGCAGGUUACUAUCAAAUCGUUGAGUGAGCCCUCCUGGUGGUAAUUCAAAUCUGUGGAGAACGAGCACUUACCGUGGCAGUGAUUAAAAACCGACGUUUAGCGUUCCAGCAAUUCUUUUUCCAAACUAGAGUUAUUAGCCGAGAAAAAGACGUACAGAAGGCGUACCACAGCACCGCUGCUGUAGCAAAGCGACCAUACAACCACAUGCGGGAACCACCUAGGCCACCGAGGCGACGACGCACCGUGUCUUACCGGUCAUCGGACAUGCAUAUUCCAGGCCAAGCGGGAAGAGGGGAAAGAGGCGUCGCCGUCGACGACCUGGCGGGGGCAAGUCUCCGGCUCUAUCCACCAGACGGCACUGAACUUCCUUCCACCACCAGUAGUCUAAUCGGGACGGCAGGAGAGGAGGAAUUCAUGACAUGUAGUGACAUGCCCCAACUGGUGGCGCCUCCAUCGAUUGCUGCAGGCACAUCGCACAUGGGACACUUGCUCGUGAUUUUCCGGCUGCGUGCGUGGACGACUUCUCAUCUAUCUCCUGACCCGGCCGCGUCGCGCUGCCGACUGCGUUUAGUUAAACACACGCACCUUCCCCUAAUCCUCCAUCCACAGACGAGUACACAUGCUUCCUUCGUCUUCUUCGCGUGCUGGCGCUGGCGUAGCUCUUCGCUGUUAAACGCGGCUGCGGCUGCGGCAGCCUCACUCAGUCAACAGCGUACAGCUACAGUUUGCUUCGUUCUUUGGUUUGGUCAUGGCCAGGUCAUGGCUGGCCGGCCUGCGGUCUCGGCUCGGCGGCGGCGCCAGGCAGGACGGGCUCGGCAUCCUGGCCUUCGAGGCGGCGGCGGCCAUGUCGCGCCUGGUCUCGCUCCACCUCUCGCUGUCCGACGCGGAGGUCAGGAGGCUCCGCGCCGACGUGCUGCGCGCCGAGGGCGUCGCGCGCCUCACGUCCACGGACCAGUCCCGCCUGCUCCGCCUCGCGUGCGCCGAGCUCAUGGCGGGCCUCGACCGCGCCGCAGACGACGCCGCGCGCCUCGGAGCGCGCUGCCGCGGGCUGCCGGACGCGCCGUUCCUGCACGACUUCGACCGCGUCUACGCCGACGCGAAGCGGGGGGCCGGCCUCGCGCGGCUGGACGCCACCGUCGGGUUCUCCAGAGGCGCCGGGAAGCGGUUCAAGAAGAUGGAGCGGCACGUGGCCGCCACGGCGAAGCUGUACGCGGAGAUGGACGCGCUCACCGAGCUGGAGGCGUCGGAGCGGCGGAUGGAGCAGUGGAAGCAGCACAGCGGGCCCAUCCCCGUGCAGUCCUCCAAGCGGCAGCCCGCGGACGAGCCAAGCGAGAAGCUCAUGGGCGAGCUCAGGUUGCAGCGGCAGAAGGUGCGGCGACUCACGGAGGGCUCGCUCUGGAGCGUCGCCGCCCACAAGGUGGCCAAGCUCAUGGCCAAGUCGGUGCUCGCCGUGCUCGCGCGCGUCUCCCUUGCCUUCGGCGCGUUAGUGCCGGGAUUGCCACCUCCGUUGACAGGCCGGGGAUGGGCGCUCGGCCACUCGUCUGGCCCCAUGCACCAGUCGACGGCGCCCGACGCGGCGAUCCGGCACUCGGCCCCGAUCUUCCGGCAAAAAGACACUGCCUCGACAUCGUCAGAGCCACUCAAGCCGCCUGCGACAACCGUCGGUGGGUCGGGGAUGGAACUGCGUUACGCGAACGUGAUCCUGUCCGCCGAGACGCUGCUCAAGGCGCUGAGGCCGGCGAUCCGCAACGAGGAGGCGCAUGACGGGAUGACGGAGCUGGCGAUGAGAGACGAGCUGUACAAGAUGCUGCCCGUGACCAUACGCGCAGCAGUGAAGGAGAAGCUGAGGGAGAGGUUGAGAGGAGGGCAGGUGGACGAGGAGGCCGCCGCGACAGCGAUGGACGCCGUGGACGGAGUGCUGCGGUGGUUGGGGCCAAUGGCGCAUGACACGCUGCGGUGGCAGGACGAGAGGAGCAUGGAGCGGAAGCAACGGUUCAGCAUGCAGCCGCGCGCGCCGAUGGUGCAGACGCUGCAUUUCGCGGACCGUCGGAAGGCGGACGCUGCUAUCGUCGAGGUGCUCGUUGGUCUCAGCUGUAUGUGCUGGUACGACGAUCAACGGCGGCGGCCGGCUGACUGGAACGAGUAGCUGGCCUGGUCAACGACGAUGCGCAGUUCAUCAUGUGUAAAUUUAUAGAUAUACGUGUAGGAAAGACAUUUGUAUACAUGCACUAGAUCAUUGAUGCCCGUCUAUUUUUCCAAUGAAAUGAUAGAAAUUUUAUAAA